CAAAUGAGGAGAUACUUAAAGACGCCGGCGCCACGCGCAGCUCCCUGCCCGCGCUGCCCGGCCCCCUUCGGUGGAGUCUGUCACCCCGUGCGGAAGCGCCGCCAGCAUGUCUGAGAAACUACCCUACAAAGUCGCGGACAUCGGCCUGGCCGACUGGGGACGAAAGGCCUUGAACAUCGCAGAGAAUGAGAUGCCAGGCUUGAUGCGCAUGCGCGAGCUGUACUCGGCCUCCAAGCCGCUGAAAGGUGCCCGCAUCGCGGGCUGCCUGCACAUGACCGUGGAGACUGCUGUCCUCAUUGAGACGCUCGUUGCCCUGGGCGCGGAGGUACGGUGGUCCAGCUGCAACAUCUUCUCUACACAGGACCAUGCAGCAGCCGCCAUUGCCAAGGCCGGCAUUCCAGUGUAUGCCUGGAAGGGUGAGACGGAUGAGGAGUACCUGUGGUGCAUUGAGCAGACACUGUACUUUAAGGAUGGCCCCCUCAACAUGAUUCUGGAUGAUGGUGGUGACCUCACUAACCUCAUCCACACCAAGUAUCCUCAGCUUCUGUCAGGCAUCCGAGGCAUCUCUGAGGAGACCACGACAGGGGUCCACAACCUGUACAAGAUGAUGGCCAACGGGGUACUGAAGGUGCCUGCUAUCAACGUCAACGAUUCUGUCACCAAGAGCAAGUUUGACAACCUCUAUGGCUGCCGGGAGUCACUCAUAGAUGGCAUCAAACGGGCCACAGACGUGAUGAUUGCGGGCAAGGUGGCAGUGGUAGCAGGCUAUGGAGACGUGGGCAAGGGCUGUGCCCAGGCCCUGAGGGGUUUUGGGGCCCGAGUCAUCAUCACCGAGAUUGACCCCAUCAAUGCACUGCAGGCUGCCAUGGAGGGCUAUGAGGUGACCACCAUGGAUGAGGCCUGUAAGGAGGGAAACAUCUUUGUCACCACCACGGGCUGUGUUGAUAUCAUCCUUGGCCGGCACUUUGAACAGAUGAAAGAUGAUGCCAUCGUGUGCAACAUUGGACACUUUGACGUGGAGAUUGACGUAAAGUGGCUCGAUGAGAACGCUGUGGAGAAGGUGAACAUCAAGCCGCAGGUGGACCGCUACAGACUAAAGAAUGGGCACCGCAUCAUCCUUCUGGCUGAGGGCCGGCUGGUCAACCUGGGUUGUGCCAUGGGCCACCCGAGCUUCGUGAUGAGCAACUCCUUCACCAACCAGGUGAUGGCACAGAUUGAGCUGUGGACCCACCCAGACAAAUACUCUGUUGGAGUUCACUUCCUGCCCAAGAAGCUGGAUGAGGCAGUGGCUGAAGCCCACCUGGGCAAGCUGAAUGUGAAGUUGACCAAGCUGACGGAGAAGCAGGCCCAGUACCUGGGCAUGUCCCGUGAUGGCCCCUUCAAGCCUGAUCACUACCGCUACUAGAGCUGUGACUGCCCCUCUCCUUCCAGCUGCCAUCCUGGUCCAGACUCCACCCCUUUGCCUCAAGAGCAAAUGGCACCAACUUUGCAGUUGCUUUGUCAGUGUCCCCCAUUGAGACUCUGGGCUGGUCACUUAGUCUUUGGCCUGUAUUUAUUAACCCUCAUGGGUCCAGAUAUGUUGAGGGGAAGUGAGAGGCUUCAGUGAAGGUGGUGGUACAAAAGAGCCAUCCACAGGGGGACCAUGGGCUCAGGAACCUUGGAAGGGGUGGUCACAGGCCCGUGCACUUACCAUCCAGCUCCUCUCUUGGUUUUUAGAUCCAUUUGUAGUCUUACAGAUUGACUGUUUCUCAGUCUCUAAGACAUGAGGUGUUCUUUCAAAAGGCAGAGAACUGAUGGAAUUUGGAUGGUCCCGAGAGCUUGCCUUAUUUAGCACUAAGCCUUUUCUUAAACCUCAGAACACAGCGGUUAGACUAGAAUGUUAAGGGAUAACCAAGAAAUGAUAACAGAAUUAAUUGACAGCCAGAGGUUAAGAGGGGCCAGAGAAACGAAUGGACAAAGAUCUGCCAUCACUUUGUAAUGAUUAAUUUGUUCAUGUGAUGUUUGGAAUGCAGGAAGGUAGAUGAAUAAAAUAUUUGGUGCCUAAAGAA